AAAGGAGGGUGUUUUCGCGGAAUUCCGUGUGGAGCACCAAGUUGGUGCCGCCAUGAAGAAUAAAGUAUAGAGUUAAUGACCAGGCGAUGAUCCUCCGUUCCUUAUUUAGACGAACACGAUGUUAAACGAUCGGUUACACUGGUGGCAGCGGUUUUGUUUUGUUGUUGUGUUCUGGGAGUUCCGUGUGGUGCGGCAUGAGGAAUACAGAAAGACCAGACGAUGAGUCUUCGUUCUUUAUUUACUUAUAUUUCAGUUUAGACGAAUCCGAUGUUAAACGCUCGGCCACAUAUGUAAUAAUUAUUAAACCUUUAAGCCUUUAUUCUCAUACAUUGAUUUGUUUUGUCGCAGAUUUAUUACAAAAAUAUAGUUUUGUAGUCAUUUACUGUUCUGUGAUCUAAGAGCUCCAUUUCCUCUUUGAGAUUUUACCGUCUAGUCUGUAAAAGCAGCGCCCUGUAAUAAACGCCCUGAUACUUGAACCGUGUUUCUGUGAAGAACAUCUGGGAUUAAUCGAGGUUUAAAAAUGAAAGAACAGAUUUAAUCUAUUAUAACUUUAUAAUCCUUACUUAAAGAGAAAGAGAAAAGAGAGAUAAAUAUACUGUGGUGUUUAUUGUGUAGUUUGUGACUAACAGUCUUUACUAAAAUAAUGAGAAAGAGAAAGUAAAAGAUUCACUGUUAAUGACGGGGGACAAAAGAACCUCAUAAACUUGAUCUAAUUCACACUGAAUCACAGGAAAUGUUCUUCUGUCUCUGAGAAAAUCUGCCAACACUCCACAAGAGUCUUCCAGACAUCAUGUCCCUCCUUUAUAUUUCCAUCUUAUGGGUCUGUGCCUGUGUGGACAGUGUAGAAUCUCUGGUUACUGUAUCAGCUCCAGUGGGUUCCACAGUCAUCCUGCCCUGUAAACUGACUGAAGAGUUCAAACCAACAUCAUUUAUUAAGUGGCAGCUCAAUAAAGACAUUGUAUUUGAGAGAAUCAGUGAUGUUACAUAUCAGGGUGAAGGAUAUGAAGGUCGUGUGGAUGUUCCUGUGGAUGAGUUGCGUAAAGGAAACUGUUCCUUGGUGUUGAAGAACGUCAGAGUUACUGAUGACCAAAUCUACCAUUCCUUUACAAUGGAACAUGUGGACAUUAACACUGUGGAAGUGAAAGAAAUUAACAGAGUUAGACUCUCAGUCGAUGCUCUUCAGAUAGCAGCUCCAGUGGGUUCCACAGCUGUCCUGCCGUGUGAUUGGAGUCAUCUGUCCUUCAAAACUCCUUACGUUGUGUGGUUUAUCGAUACUGAGACUGUGUUUGAGCGAAAGGGUAAAGAUUCACAUCAGGGUGAAGGAUAUGAGGGUCGUGUGGACGUUCCUGAGGAUGAGCUGCUUAAAGGAAACUGUUCCCUAGUGAUGAAGAACAUCAGUGUUAAUGAUACAGGGAUCUACAGCAGCUCCAUGUUAAUUACAGACACACAGGAAUCUGUCUUGGUCCAGAAGGUUAAACUGUCAGUUGUUGCAAAACCCCAAAAAAAGGAAGACGUAAAACCAGCUCCCUCAGGUGAAGCAGGAAUAAAUUGCCCUCAGCCUCAGAUCCUCAUCAUGUCCUUCCUCAUGUGUUUACUUUUCUCACGUUGAGGAAACUUCAGUGUGAUCACGAGUACAGAACCUUCUGUGAGCCGAGAGAUUCGCCUUAUAAAGUACAGAAUCUAUUUUACAAAGAGAAAAGCAACAAAGAUCAUCUCAAUGUUCUUCAACUGUGAGGAGAACAUUUCAGUUUGAUGCCCAGAAUAAGCUGUGAAGGACAGAUUUCACUGAUUGACUCUCAGCCUUCCUUCACUGACCCAAAGACACUCCUUAUUUUUACUGCUUUACUGUAAACUACAGUAAAGUUCAUCUGUAACUGUGGAACUGAACCUGAAUUAUGAUAAGAUGUGAUAAGUGAUAAAAGUACUCUGAUCAUAUGAUAAUAUGAGUCUGAUAAUACACUUCAUGUGUCUAGGACUAACUUACUCUCAGUCCUCUGUGUUAUUCUGUGUAGCUCCAUGGUCCUGUAGAUCGUUGUCCUAUUUCACUGUGUACUGUGUCAGAUAAAUAUGGAUCAAAUGACAAUAAAAGCUUGUGUAAAAUGUAAAUAAAAGCAAUCACACUCUUGCAAAUCA